GGCGUCCACGAAGCGACGAGGAUAAGCCGCCUCUCCGCCGCGCCUUGAGUCAGUACUAACAAUUCGCCGAGUGAGACAACAGCGUCUCAUCGAGCUCUCGCAAGAUACAGAUACCAUGGUUUUAGAUUAUGCAGUUUUUAUACCGUGUUAGAGACAUGCACGUACCAUGACUUUGUUUUGCAACCGUACAAUGGGUAGUUUUGUUGAUUGCAUUUUCAACCACCGGCUGCGGGUCGAGGCAAGAGCAACCUGAGUCCAGAGCAUUCCAACGGCCGGCAGUAGCAUGAGCACCCUUCUGGAGGGCAUCAGCGGUCAUUACCAUGCAACGUUCUGCAUGAUUAUCCUCCCCGACCGCAAGCCGACGUCCAAGAUAGCUGGUCUGUGAGUGCCCACCCGCAAGAUGCCCUUCGGAGGCCGCCAGAGCGAGCGCUACGAACUCAACGGCACGGGGCAGCUGCAGCGCGACAGGACCUACGGCAGCAUCGUCCGCGACCGCACCUACACCAGCAUCGGCAGCUACGCCAACGCGGACCCCGAAGCGCACUGCAACUUCAUCAACGAGGAUGAUCUGGAUUUCCAGCACGGCGACGGCGACAGCUGGCGCAGCAGCGGCGGCCUGGGCUCCAACCGCAACGCGUCUCGGCCGCAGGAGGACGCCACGACCUUCUUCAGGGACGGCCGCCGCAGGAUCGACUACGUGCUUGUCUACGAGGACUCCGGAGGCGCCUCCCGCAGGACCAAGGAGGAGCGGGAGAAGAGCCUGGGAAGGACUCUGUCGGCCAGCGAGAAGAGGACGUUCAAGCACGAGUCGUGGCGCCAGAGGUUCAUGAACUCGCUCAUGAAGGCCGGGCUGCACAUGGAGGAGCGUCUGCGUAAUGUAAUUCUGUUCUCGAAAUUCGACGGAAGAAAGUUCAACAUAAUCAUUCGAUUCUCCAAGGAGGAAAUAAUCGCCAAUAGAACAUACUCUAGAACAGAAUUACAUUACGCAGACGCGUGUAAUAUUCACAAAACUCGCAAAUAUUUCAGAAAUGAGUAG